UACGCCCCCGCGGAGGGAGGUAAUCUGGCUUCCCAGAAACCUCCUGCUAAAUGCAAGGGUUUGCUGUCCUGUUUACUGACUAUUACACCUGAGGCUGAUUUUGAUACAGAUUCUGGAUAUCGCAGGGCAAGCUCUCGAGUUUCCUUUGAGAAGAAGCUGCCCUCCAUCGAGAUGUCACGGCACCAUAGCCGGUUUGAAAGAGAUUAUCGGGCCGGGUGGGAUCGCCGGGAUUGGAGCUCCAACGGCAAUCACGUCAGCAGCACCAACUGCAGCAGCGCCACGAGCACCAACAGCAACAACCGCCCUGGGCUGCUGCCCCUGCCCAUCGUCCCCUCUCGGCUCCCCACCCCGGCCACAGCUGCCUGCACCACCGUCAACAGCGAUGUAAUCACGAGCCUGGUGGCCAACUCGUCUCCAGCUUCAACUACCAAAACACCUUGCAUUUCCAAGACUGAAAAUCAGCCUCAAGGACUUGCAACGAGUGUCAGGUGGGGACAGACACCCAUCAAUCAGUCCACGCCCUGGGACACUGAUGAGCCUCCAUCUAAACAGAUGAGGGAGAAUGAAAACCCAGGUGCAGCGCCCUGGGUCACCACGGUGGCGGCAGGCAGCCAGCCCGCCCUGAUCACGCACUCCUACGGGAUGACGCAGCCACCUACCUUCAGCCCGGCCGCCAACGUUCAGGCCCCCGUCAUCGGUGUCACACCCUCCCUCCCUCCGCACGUCACCCCCCAGCUCCCGCUGAUGCCGGCCCACUACCAGCUCCAGCCGCAGCCCUCCCAGCCCCUCAGCAACAUGGUGGUCAACCUCCAGAGCCAGCCCUUGUACACCAACAGCCAGCCCCUCAGCAUGUCCUCCAUGAGCGGUGUGGGCCCGGUGGCCCACCCGGGCCCCGGGGCGGUGGGCAAUGGCCACCUGGCCUGCCCCAUGCUGCCGCCGCCGCCGCCGGCCCUGCCCUCGGCUGCCCUGCCCAGCAGCGCACCCGCCACCAACGGGCAGGCGGCCGCCCCGCUGCCCCCCAACACGGCGGGGGGCCCGGACAACACCAACGGGGUGCAGAUGCUGCGGACGAUCGGCGUGGGGAAGUACGAGUUCACGGACCCCUGGCACCCCAAAGAAAUGUUGAAGGAGUUGAACCAGCAACGCAGAGCGAAAGAGUUUACAGACCUGAAAAUUAUUGUUGAAGGCAAAGAGUUUGAAGUCCACCAAAAUGUUCUAGCUUCCUGCAGCUUGUAUUUCAAGGACCUGAUUAAAAGGUCACCACGAGACAGUAGCAGAAGCGGGGAGAAGCUGGAAUUGGCCAUGUCUAACCUCACUGCGGAUGUCCUGGAAUUACUCCUGGAGUUUGUUUAUACAGGUUCUUUGAUCAUAGAUUCAGCCAAUGCAAAAACCCUACUGGAAGCUGCCAGCAAGUUCCAGUUUCAUACUUUCUGUAAAGUCUGCGUUUCGUUUCUAGAAAAACAGCUGACUGCGAGCAACUGCUUAGGAAUAUUAGCCAUGGCUGAAGCCAUGCAGUGCACUGAACUAUACAACAUGGCCAAAGCAUACGCCCUGCAGAUUUUCCCAGAGGUGGCAAACCAAGAAGAGAUCCUUAAUAUCUCAAAAGACGACUUCAUUUCCUACAUGUCCAAUGACAGCCUGAACACCAAAGCGGAGGAGCUGGUGUAUGAAACAGUGAUAAAGUGGAUUAAGAAGGACGCUGCAAUCAGAGCUCAGUAUGCUGCGGAGUUGCUGGCAGUGGUGCGCCUCCCCUUCAUCCAUCCCAGCUAUCUGCUAAACGUUGUUGACAACGAGGAGUUGAUAAAGUCUUCGGAGGCUUGCCGGGAUCUAGUGAACGAAGCCAAACGUUAUCACAUGCUGCCGCACGCCCGACAAGAGAUGCAGACGCCGAGGACUCGGCCCAGGCUCUCUGCAGGUGUAGCCGAGGUAAUAGUCUUAGUUGGCGGUCGUCAGAUGAUUGGCAUGAAUCAACGUGCUUUAACAGCAGUCACUUGCUUAAAUCCUCAAAACAACAAGUGGUACCCGUUGGCCAGCCUGCCCUUCUAUGAUCGAGAGUUUUUCAGCGUGGUCAGCGCUGGGGACAACAUCUAUCUCUCAGGCGGCAUGGAGUCGGGUGUCACGCUCGCUGAUGUCUGGUGUUACAUGUCCUUGCUCGAUAACUGGAACCUCGUGUCCCGCAUGACAGUCCCAAGGUGUCGACAUAACAGUCUGGUGUAUGAUGGGAAAAUUUAUACCAUUGGAGGGGUCGGUGUGGCAGGCAACGUUGACCAUGUGGAAAGGUACGAUACGAUAACCAACCAGUGGGAGACCAUCGCUCCUCUGCCGAAGGCCGUGCAUUCAGCCGCUGCGACCGUUUGUGGUGGGAAGAUCUACGUCUUCGGUGGGGUGAAUGAAGCCGGCCGAGCUGCGGGGGUCUUGCAGUCCUACAUCCCUCAGACUAAUUCGUGGAGUUUUAUAGAGUCUCCGAUGAUCGAUAACAAAUAUGCUCCUGCAGUCACUCUCAAUGGGUUCAUCUUUAUUCUUGGAGGAGCUUAUGCACGAGCAACCACCAUCUAUGACCCAGAGAAAGGCAAUAUUAAAGCAGGUCCCAACAUGAACCACUCCAGGCAGUUCUGCAGCGCUGUGGUUCUGGAUGGAAAAAUUUAUGCCACUGGUGGGAUCGUUAGCAGCGAAGGACCUGCCCUGGGAAACAUGGAAGCCUACGACCCUAAAACAAAUACGUGGACACUUCUGCCAAAUAUGCCCUGCCCUGUUUUUCGACACGGCUGCGUAGUAAUCAAGAAGUACAUUCAGAGCGGCUGACGUUACCCAGGAGUUGGAUGGAGAACUGUUUGUACCUGUGGAAAGCAGGCAAGAAGAAUACUACUACUUAAGAAACAAAAGCAGCAAAGCCAGCCAGUGAACAUAUUGCUCUAAAGUCUUGAAUAGUGUCUACAUUGAAUGUAGAAAAAUCAUCCUCACCUUUUGGUGAACAAGGAGCAGAGAGCUCCGUGCUAUGUAAGAUAUUGUAACUUAAUAAUACAAGGGUGUCACUAGAUGUUAUAGUGGCACUUGUUCUGGACGUCGGCUUUUGGUCAACCCAGGUGCAAUAGAAUUUCACAUAUUUUUUAAGCUGGGGAAGAGAGGAAAAAAAAUAAUCUGCAUUUUACUUUAGAGCUCAAGCUUGAUUCUUAAAAUAACCAUGCAGAUUAGUUUUACUAUUACACUUUAGGCAUCAGUCUAUUUGAAAGGUCAAAGUGUCCUUACCACUUUGAUUCCUCGAUUUGUUUUUAACAAAUACAUGCUUUUCAAUACCAAUGACUGAGAGAAAUCUUGUGUGACAGAUGGCUUACAUUGAUGUCAGUCUUCCAUCAGAUCAGACGAAUCUUUCAGUCCUCUAGAGCAGA